AUGGGACAUUUUACUGAGAAUUUGCCGAUUGACAAUAUGACAAAACUUCAGACUUUGAAGUACGUAAAAGUUUCCGCUUGGAAUCAAGUUAAGAAAAAAAGGCUGGUUAAUCUUCGAGAGCUAAAGAUAUUUGGGGACCUUCAUGCAAGAAAUGACAAGUUCACUUUCGAUUCCAUUGCCAACCUGAAAUGUCUAAGGAUUUUAUCGGUUGCAUUACAAGAUCCGAGUAUAGGGCAUUUUGGUUCUCUGGAGCCCGUUUCUCAUUGUGAACAUCUUCAAGACUUGCACUUGGAAGGGACGAUACAUAACGUACCAGAAAACCUGCAUGAACUAGUGCCAAAUCUCGAAUGUCUAUCAUUAGAGAGAUCAAAUCUCAAAGAUGACCCAAUGCCUAAAUUAGAGAAGUUGUUGAAGCUCUCGCGUCUCCACUUGGGCUGGGGUUCUUAUGUUGGAAGGAAGAUGAUAUGCUCGGCAAAGAGUUUUCUUCGGCUGAAAAUUCUAAAUUUAUGUCUGAAGUUUGAUGAGUGGGAAGUAAAGGAAGGAGCUCUGCCUGUGCUUGGGGAUUUGAAAAUCUUCGAGGGCACUGAAUUGAUAAUUCCAGAAAGAUUGCGCUCCAUCAACAUUUUAAUAUUACCAAUACCAGCAACUGAUGUAGAUUAUAUAGCACGUCGUGACUAUUAUCAACUUUGA